GGGUGAUGUAUGAUAGAUUGGCGCGAAUUGUUUACGUCGGCGAUUGUUCCGAGGUGACCGACCUCGACACUUGGCAGGUUCGCUGGGAACUGACUACCGAUACCGCGUACAGGACCGCGCAGGCCGAAGUAUAGGCAGUGGGAGGAUACAGACUCAGUGGCCAUACAGAAGGAUCUCUCAGGGAAAGCGCGGGAAGGGCCCACUUCGUUCCCAUCAUGGAGGCUGUGAUUUACAAUGGCGACACGCGGUAUCCUGGACCCAAAGUCCAUCCUCCUCCAGCGCAUAUCAAGGGCAUACCCACUCAGGCAGAGCUCGAUGCCUUCCCACGCAUGUUCACGUGGGGCGAGCUCAAGGCCAUCGUCAGAUCUGGAGACCUGGAGCAGCUGAUGCGGAACAAGGCUCUUCAGGCGAGGUACAUUGAAUGGAUGACGGGUCAGAAGGCCAGGUACGGCUCUACAGAACAAUACCUCACACGUGCUAGACUACCUUGGAAUGCUCCGACUGAUCCCGCUUUCGAGCCAUCUGGAACGUAUGAUAUCUCAUCGUCGCCUACUCAAACAGCGGGGCUGGUCAUGCCCACACCGGCAGAUAUCAAGAACUUGACCAUUUCGACUGAUCCCGAUAAGCUCUUGACCAAGAAAGCAUUGGAUCAAUUGGACGCAAGCCACGUAGCGACUCCAGGAAGCGGGACGUCUACACCUACAUCCGCUGGAUUCGUCAGUCUUGCGAGCCUUCAACUCGUGAAUGGAAAAUUGAAGAAAUCUCGGUCAAUCAGGUCCAACACGUCUUCUCAUAGAGCCACACCUGUUGCUACGCCAGUGGUUCACCAACGAUCCAGAUUCGCAACCGAGGAUUCUGGCCCUGUACCAUACGAGACCGAUCAUGAAGAGGGAAUCAAUACGAGCAAUGACGACGAGGAGGAAGCGGACGAAGUGCCCGUCUAUCUUAAAUGGGAUGAGAAGCAGGGACUGGACAGUGAAAAGUUUGCAGUGCUGCCCAAUGAUUGGCCAUACAAUACGCCAUACGGAUCGAGGCAUUACUGUGUCUGGAGUCGAGUCCCUAUUGCGCAUCCUGAGCUUGUAGACUAUGAUCCGAAAGCUUGGGCUCAGAUAGAAGAACAGGGUCUCGGCGGAUUCACAGGCGUGACUCCUUUGAGACCGUUCACAGGGCAAGUCCCCAUGACUCCCGCCAUGGCUUCUGCUGCUGGAAACUCGUCCAAGCUGUUUUCAUAUCCUUCUCCUGCAGACCCCGGAGACCCAGGCAGGAAGAGUAUAGGAAAGCUGGAAAACAGGGAUUGGUACGCUGCGGAUGUGGCUUUCGCAGGCAAGGAUAUGAGGGAAUGGGCAGGUGUCACAUACGAAAGUCGUGGUGGGAAAGAAGUCGGGAAAAUGGUGGCUGGAUUAUGGGAUCCAAGGGGAUGGGAGUGUUUAUGGUUUGUCAAUCCUCCAAGAUUACAGAGUGUACCUGGUUUCUCCCAUUUCCACGUCUUUGCUAGGAGAAAGACGCCUGAAGAGAUCGAUGCUGCAGAGAGCUUUUAGACAUUCAUAUGCAUUAUAUCCGGAG